CAGUUUGACAUUUAUUGAAUGUCUUUGGAUAGUCAUUUUUGAUUUCAGAAGAACUCGAUAUUGACAUGGACGAAAUUGAAAAAGAAAAAAUAGCGGCUCUGCCGUCACAGUUGCUCGUAACUACAAUAUGCCAUCCUAUGGAAUAUGCGAAAGUACUCAUACAACUGGGAUACGAGCCCUUACCGCCGCGCCGGUCUACGACACUGUUUGGACGCCCUGCCAUGAUAUUACCUAACGUUUUCCAAUACAUCAAGUUUAUCAAAACAUCGGAUGGAUUUUUCGGCUGCUACAGAGGCCUAUCGGCGAGAGUACUCGGGCUGAUAGCUUCCAGUCAGCUGACAUCUAAGGUAAUCUACGCGAUGGGUAUUGAUUUGCCAGAAAUCAAUGACCCUCCCAAUAUUGUUACUGAUGAGGAACCCAAGGUUGAAGAUUACAUCAGGCUGGGCCGUCGGGACAUGAUAAUGCACACGGCUUCUGUCAUCGUGUCCUAUCCAUUCCAUGUUGUGUCUGUCAGAAUGAUGGCCUCAUUUAUUGGCAAAGAGCAAGAUUAUAGCACAUUGUUUGGUGCAAUUGUAUCUAUCUACAGAGAUGAUGGCAUCCGUGGGUUCUUUCACGGUAUCAUACCGAAACUUCUUGGUGAUUUAACUUGUGUUGCAGUGACAGGAGUUUUGGCUUACUAUGUGAACAAAUACCUGGUCAAAACUAAAGAUCUGCGAUACUACACAGUACCACUGUUGACUUUUGUGACUAGCACUAUCACUUAUCCGCUGGUUGUGGUGUCCACCUGCAUGGCUGUGGCUGGCUGCAGCCUGUCUGCUGGCAACCCACCCAAUAUGCCCAAGUACCCGUCUUGGCAAGCCUGCUGGAGGGACUUGCUGAGAAACAAGCAGCACAAGCGUGGAUCGUCCCUAAUCUUUAGGUACUACAUUGCCCCCAUCGCAGCCAUGCAGUAGUCACUCUAUCCUAAAUGUAUUUGCAUUUAUUUUUAUUAGCUAAGUGUUAUUCCAUGAUCACCAAAGUAGUCUCAACCUCGUAGUAGAGAAUAAAGGAUAUGUACAAUGAAACUAUGUAAAUAAUUUAGUAUAAAUGGUGUACCAUGCGGAUAUUCGUUUUGCUAGAUUGUUGAGUCAAGGUGUGGUUAUUAUUAAAUAAAUAUAUUUUAUUUGA